CUAAAUUUUUGAAACGUCAACAUGUCAUUGUCAACAUGAGAUUCGUGUUUCGUGAUAAAAUUUGAUUAAAAAUUGCUAUAAUAUCAUCGUUUUACUUGGAAAGUCAGGCUUAACUUGUUAGAAGAUAUCAGUUAAAUUAUCACUCAGCUAUUUAAAAACAUGUAGUCUCUUUGUAGUGUUUAAAAAACAAAAAGUGUUGAACGUUGUGAUAGUGAUACAUUUUUGUGGAAAAUCCGCUAUAAUGUCUUUGCCGGGCAAUGGGAUUUUCGUGGUCCAGGGAGAGAUGGCCAUGCUGGUCACCGCCAUGCGCCGGAGCACCCGGUGGGGGUCCCACUCGUUCCCAAACGACGAAUACGACGUGCUCAUGAGAACGUUUCAAGAUCUUAAGACCAUCUUGAACCAAGUGGAUGAUUUACGUCUGUUAGACCCGUCCACUUACUUGAGCCCAUUCCUAGAGGUCAUUAGAAGCAAGGAGACCACAGGACCAGUCACAAGCCUUGCCCUUUCAUCUAUACAUAAGUUUCUUUCAUAUGGACUGAUAGACCCCACCCACCCGAGUGUGCCAGCCACUGUAGAGGACAUAGCAGAUGCUGUCACACAUGCACGCUUUGUUGGCACCGACCACUCCUCUGAUGGUGUUGUACUGUUGAAGAUAUUGCAAGUGCUCAGAACACUCAUGCUCAGCCCUGAAGGUGCCAUGUUGACUGAUGAGAGUGUGUGUGAAAUUAUGCUCAGCUGUUUCAGAACAUGUUUCGAAACUAGAUUGACUGAACUCCUACGUCGUAACGCAGAACAGUGUCUAAGAGACAUGACCCAAUUGAUUUUCAUGAGACUCCCACAGUUCCCUACAGAGGACUCUGCUAGUACAUUCUCCACGUUCGGAUUCUCACUUAAAAGGAGAGAUAAAUCAACAAAGAAGAAAAUCACCGCCACCCAUAGUACAAAUUCCUUAGACAGAAAGUCCUCGAUAACGGAACAGGCGCUGGCCACUGUUGAUAGUGAAGCGGACUCCGACACCAAACCGCAGAGCGUUAUACAAACUCACAAUCAAGACAAGAAUCUACUAAAUGAAGCGGAAAUAACUAUAGAACCUGUGGAGGAAGUGAAAAGCCCUACCAAGAAGCAUGGCCGGCAUUCCUCCAUGGACUUGGCGGCCAACGAAAAUAAAUCCAUCACACAACUGCUGGAGAAAUGUGUCAGCAAUGUUGAUACUCACGACGCACCAGACGAGAACAAAACGCAGGAGGAAAAUACGGAAAUUGUUGAAGUUUUGUCCUCAGAACCAGAACAACCAACGGAAUCCACCCCGACAGUAGUGAAGGAGGAAGCUCAAAGCGAAGGGGAAAAAUUAGAGGAGUAUGUCAACCAUAGAGGCAUACGGUUCACACCGCAGGACGAAACUUUACAGUUGCAGCCCUACGGACUCGCCUGCGUCAGGGAGCUGUUUAGAUUUCUAAUAUCCCUCUGCAAUCCGCUGGACGCACAGAACACAUCAGCAAUGGUACACCUAGGCCUGAGCCUAGUGGGUACAGCACUAGAAGUGGGCGCAGACCAGAUAGCCAAAUACCCCUCCCUUCUCUACCUCGUACAGGAUCCACUGUGCAGGAAUUUGUUAAGCUUACUAGACACAGAGAAAAUAACAAUAUUCGCUCUAGACUUACAAAUAUGGUUUUUAUUAUUCGAAGCGCUCAGGUUGCACCUAAAGUAUCAAAUGGAAGCAUUCUUUAAGAAGAUCAUAGAAAUCGUAUCCGCAGACACAACCAAAUCCAUAUACGAGUUGAAAGAAAUCCACCAUAUAGCUUUAGAAAAUCUGGCUCAAAUGUUUCGAAUACCCGGAUUAUGUACCGAGUUGUAUUUAAACUUUGACUGUGAUGUAUACUGUACUAAUGUAUUUGAGGAAUUAGCGAAAUUGUUAUCCAAAAAUGUUGUAUCUUCGACUGCGUAUAAUAUUCAUACGAUGUCGUUAGAAGCUCUCAUGACGAUUAUAGAAGCGAUAGAAAUGGGUACGAUGCAGAAAGUUGAGAUAGAGACGUCAAAUGUCGAAGAAGAGGAGAGAAAAGAGAAAGAGAAAGAAAGAGAUAGUUGUCGCGGCGGCCAUGUUUCUUUGGAAUUGGGCGGAAUGGAUGAUGUCUCAGUGGUGAGCGACCAUGUCACUCACGACAUAAGCCAGUACUUCAGUUGUGGAAGGGUGGGAAGGCACAAGGCACCGUUGGAUUUGCCUACUGAAGCUGAAUUGGAUAAUGUUAGGAAUAUGAAAAAGUGGGUAACACAAGGCACGGAUCUAUUCAAUCAGAAGCCUGAAAGGGGCAUAGAGUUUUUACAGGAGCAUGGGAUAUUGUCUACGCCAUUAGAUCCACAUAAAGUUGCCUUGUUUUUGAGAGAAAACCCAGACCUGGACAAGAAAAUGAUUGGUGAAUACAUCUGCAAGCGAUCAUCUCGCGAAGAGGACGGCGGGCCCAGUAUUCUGGGGGCUUUUGCGGACAGCUUCGACUACGCGGGCUUGCGGAUAGACCAGGCGCUGCGACUCUACCUAGAAACCUUCCGUUUGCCUGGAGAAGCUCCUCUUAUCUCUCUGGUCAUGGAAAAAUUUGCUGAGCGUUGGCACUCAACGAACGGAGAACCAUUCGCGAACACAGACGCUGCGUUCCGCCUAGCGUAUGCAGUGAUAAUGCUAAACGUGGACCAACACAACCACAACGCGAAGAAACUGAACGUGCCGAUGACGGUGGAGGACUUUGUGCGCAAUCUACGCGGCUGCAACGGUGCUGAGGACUUCGAACAGGCAAUGCUGGAAGCUAUAUUCCAUUCUAUCAAAGAGAAAGAGAUGGUGAUGCCAGCGGAGCGCGUGGGACCUCUCCGAGAUGCAUACUUAUGGCGUGUUUUGCAGCGGCGCGGGCGCACGGCAUCCGCUAAGUACCGAUUGGCGCCGCCGCCACCGCACGCGUUACACGCACGGUUGUUGCCCGUCGCCUGCCCGCCCGCUGUAACUGCUCUAUCAGCGUCAUUCGAACGCUCGUCUGCACCGACCCCUGAAGACAUAGAAUCGAAUAAUCUUCGCGACUGUGCCGCCCUCAUAGCGCUGAACGGGCUCGAGCGUUGCGCCGCGUUAGUCGCGCGACUGUCGUCCGACACUCUGACGCUGGACACACUUCUGCUGACGCUGUGCAAGUUCACUGGGCUAUUGACGCCGCAACACGCUUCUUACAUCGCUAUAGGAGUGUCGCUGGGGCAGUCGAGUAAAGCGCAGGUGUCACUGCGUCGUGCAUGCGCAGUUGCGGCGCGCCACGCGGACUGCGUGCGGGACAGUUGGCGGCACCUGCUCGAGAUACUAAACACGCUGUAUAUAGGCCGACUGCUGCCCAAGGUUCUAGUGGAGGCGGAAGACUACCUUUCUCCCGAAGGAAAGGUGUCGCUCAUACGCGAAGCGACGCGCGGCGAUAGCGGCCUGCUCUCUAGCAUAUAUUCCUACAUCGCUCUUGGGGAAAGUGGUAUAAGAGCACCAACUCCACACGAAAAGAGCUUGAUAGACACAGCAAUUGAAUGCGUCGCCAAAUGCAACUUCCCCGGACUCCUCAUCACUGAAACUAAGUUUUUGCAGCUUGAAAGCUUACAGGAAUUAAUCCGAGCAAUGGUAGCUGUGGGCAUUCCACCGGACACUGACAGCAUACAACUGAAUCCUCAGUUGGAAGACAUCACUAUAUUCUUUUUGGAACUUCUGGGACAAACUCUUAUACAAAACAGAGAUCGCGUGGAAACCGUAUGGCCAGACGUGGGUCCACACAUAGAGCGGAUAGUGUUCUGGGCGGGCAGCUGCAACUCGCACGCACUGACGCGCGUGCUGACCGCACUGCUGCGUACGAGCGCUCGGCUCAUGCGCUGCGAGCAAUGCGCGCCGUUGUUGCUGCGGUACUUGACGCUGCUGUAUCGACUGCCUUACAAGCUGUUCUAUCAACAAGCUGAUGUGAUCUCAUCCGGUCUAUAUGAACUAGUGAAGACGUCCGCUCAGAACGUGCACAGCGCGAGCGAGUGGGGGGUUCUGCUCGCGCUGCUGGCUGCAGCGGGAGCCGGCGCCUGGCCCCGAGGUGCGCCAGCUACCGCUUAUACUGCAGGAUCCAGUCGGUCGGAAGGGUCUGAAGACGACAGCGAGAGGCAGCCGACCAGCGUGUCCUCUGAAAGCGAACUCUCGCACUCCCCUCAAACACAGGGAUGGAUAUUGGUGAAAAACGAGACAGCCAGCGCAACGGAAACCGUAGAAUUGGAGUUGGAGCAAGUUUCGUUAAGGCCACAUCGGAGCACGGCGCUUGCUCGGUGUGUGGAGGCGCUUGCUCUGGUGAUCAGAGACGUGGCGCACGUGACACCACAUAACUGUCGUGCGGCUGUGCGCUGCGUCAGACUGAUGGCGAAAGCUACACUGCAGUCUGGUAGGAACGCGGUGAGAAAAGACGACCGGCGCGGCGGGUCGCGGCGCCGAGCGCGCGGCGACUCCAGCGACGAAGAGAUCGAUACACAGGACCACUACCACGUCGUCAGUAUUAAGCUACUAGACCUGAUGCACACUCUACACAGUCGCACGGCGCAGAUAUUCAAGUGGUGGCGCGACGAGGCCGACCAGGGCCAAGGUGCUGAAGACUACGAUCUGUGGGAAGUGGCGUGGAAACCUCUCUUGCAAGGGAUUGCCGAGUUCUGUUCUGACAACCGAGGCAAAAAGGGAUCGAGCAGCGCUAUAUCGUACUCCGCGAUAGCUUAUCUCCAACGGGCGCUGCUGGCCCCCGCCCUGUCUGCGCUGGGCGGCGCGGGCUGGGAGGCCUGCUUCGAGCACGUACUGCUGCCGCUCCUCAACAACCCGCCGCGCAGGCCCGACGCCGCCGCGAGGGCUGACACUGUUAUGUGCAAAGUGUUCCUGCAACACCUGCCGGCGCUGGUGGGGCGCGCGUCGUUCGCGUCGCUGUGGGCGCGCAUCGUGCGCGUGCAGCGCGCGCUGCUGGCGUCGCCCGCAGAGCCGCUGCGUGAGGCGGCGCUCGAGUCGCUGAAGAACAUGCUGCUCGUUAUGCACUCCGUCAAGAUUUUCAGUAACGCGGAAGGCUACAAUGACCUCUGGUACAUCACAUGGGAUAUCAUAGCAGAAUUUUUACCCACUUUGAAGGAGGAGCUCUUUCCUGACGCAAACGACAACGCGAAGCCACUUCAAAACGUGCCGAGCCACAUGCAGCCAUCCAUCCCCCCCAUCCCAGCCAUUCUUCCCGUCGCCGCCAACAAUACGCCCAACCCUUCUACCUCCCCGCCAAUCGACACCAACAGCCAACCACAAAGAUCCAACGCCCAAUCACCCAACAUAUUGCUAGCUACAGUCGCACAUUCACCCAUCAAUCUACCCCAAUCCCCUUCAAUACCCGGCCCCCCCUUAAUAUCUCCUGUACCGGGAGUUCCAGCACAUAUAUCUACUGGUGUAGUUACCCCAAUGUCCGUGGCAAAUACACCAAUGCCUGGGCCAAUUACAUCAAUACAAAAUUCAAUAGCAUAUCCUCUGAUACCGCCAAUGUCUGGGCAAACUAUUGGCGUACCAGCUGGAGUAAUUACGCCAAUGCCAAUUCAGCCGGGAAUCAAGUCAAUCGGGCCAAGCUUGAUAUCGCCAAUAGGCAAGCCUGGUACGGGAGUGAAUGCGACACCGGUUAGUGGGAUGGUGCCAAUACGGAACCCGUUAUAUGAUCAGACUGGGUUGACUUCUUCAGUACUCUUGCAGCCUUUGAAUGAGAUGAUUUCAACACCUAUCGGAAUAUCAAUCCAGUCUCAACCGGUCCUCCAACCUACAGCUAGUCAAACCCAACCGCCAAGCGAAAACGAACCUAACCUCAUCGACAUAGAGUCCACACCGGUCAGCAUCAAAGACGAGAUAUACUCCGAGUACAUAACAAAUCCAUACAACGAGGUAACAGAACUGUCUUCCAAAGAAGCAACUUUAUACGAUCCCGAGGAAAACCGAUACGUCCCAGCAAACGACCAAACUGUACAAGAUAGAUUACUAAACCAGAAAUCCUUUAGCGCGAAUGUAACCCCUAUGCAUACUAAGAAUAAAGCUCAAUUCGGUUCGACAGAUAAUGUUAGGCAAGAGGGUAUUUUCAACUUUUCCAGUUACUUUGGGUCAAAUGAGAAAGUGGCGCCAGGGUCCGAUGUUUUCGACGCCUUAAUGUCGACGCAAGAAGGAUAGCUAGACUUUGAAAUUUAUAAAGGCACUUGGUUGUAAUUUAAAA